AUGUCGGCCCCCCUUAAGCCCCACUGGGUGCAGCCCUCCCACCCAGAGAUCCAGGAAGUCCUCAUCGGCUCCAACGGCGACAGCGAGUUCACCACGAGGAGCAUUUCCCGCGUCGACCUGCCCCCUUUUGCGCUCUUCGCGCCCAUGGCCAGCCCGCCGGUCACUCCUGCCGCCGCUGCCACAUACGCCACUGUCCAGGUUGGCCGCAACCAGCACAUCAACUUGAACAGCGAUCUCCUGUACAUUAACCACUCCUGCGAGCCAUCUCUGCUCUUCGAUACCUCCAGCCGCAACAUCUGGGUCGGCCCCAAGGGCCUCAAGGCCGGCGACGAGCUCACGUUCUUUUAUCCCUCUACCGAGUGGGACAUGGCCCAGCCCUUUACGUGUUUCUGCGGCACGCCCUCGUGCCGCGGCCGCAUUAGCGGCGCUCGCAGCAUGACACAAGACCAGCUGGCUGGUCUGUGGCUGAACGGCCACAUCUGGGAGCUCCUCAACGAGCAGAAGCAGCAGAAGCAGCAGCAGGCGAAGACGGCAAGACCUGAGAAUGGCACGUCUUCGCACGCCGCCGCGGCUGCCGACGCCCCGUCUGCCAUUGAGCAGGCGCUGAAGGAGGAGCUGGCCCGCGCCGAGGAAUCCCUGCACAAGGCCGACCAGGCCACUGAGGCUGCCCGCCGCGCGCUGGCCGCGCACCGCAACGGUCUCACCACGAACGGCAAGGCCCACACCAGCAACGGCACCAACGGCACCAACGGCGUCAGCAAGCCGGUCUCCAACGAUGAAGCCCGCCACGGUACGUCGUCACGGGAGCUGGGCGGCGAGUUGGGUGGCGAUACUGCCGAGCGUACGUAA